CAUCUAAAUCUAUGAUAAUUUUUUUUGUGUGUGAGUGAACUUGCUCUUUAUAAAGUGCAGAGCUUCUGCAGUGAAAAAUAGUGGUUUAUUUUUAGAAAAUCUAUGGCUACGAAUUCAUUUCCUUAGCAACUUUCCAUCAAACAAACAGCCUGCUCUUCCUCCUUCCCAACCAAAACAAACUUAAACUGGCCUAUUAAUUUAGGCAGUUUUCCCAUGAAAAAUAGGUUCCCUGUCUCUGCCACAAGCAUUUGUAAUUUGCCAGGUCCCUGCAAAAAGUCUUCUUGCAUAAAACACUAAAGGACAUAUUUUAAAAAAUAACCAUAAUUUUGCAGUGUUAAGCUGGUGAUAUUUUUCCUCUGCAAUUGUUAUAUUUCAGUUUUACAGAGUAAAAACUUUUGUUUCUUGUGCUCUGUCAUGCAUGCUUGCUCAUUUUACUUGAUUGUCUCUGUGAAUUGCACAGCACAGUAAACUGGUAUGUGUAUUUACACUGAGCAAAGCUAUUCCACCAGGAGAGGCAAAGGAGACAAAAUUGGCAAGGAGCUUUAGGAUUCAGCACAAUGCAAACCAAAAAUAUUGCUGGUUAGAGUGAGUUUUUACACCUAAACUAAAUUUAAUGCUUCUCCAAAAUAUAGCUCUUUGUUGCACAGGAUAGUACCAGUUGUGCUAUAAUGUAAGUUUCUAAAGUUUAUGUGGCUUAACAUGAUCAAAUCCUGUACAAAUAGAGCAGUGAAAGAAGUUGCUAAGUAUCCUUAUGCAGGAAGCAAGUAUCAAGUUUGCUGAUAGUCAUGUUGACUGUAGCCAUGGACAGUUCAGCCUAAUCAUUUCAGCCAAGAGCUGACAACUCAGAAAUUAAAUCUUUGCUCUCUGUUUUAAAAGGAAGCAGGACUGACAAAACUUGUGACUAAUCUUCCCUUUUCCAUCUGUUUCCAUAUACCUGUUAGAAUAGAUAAUUGUUCUGGCUCCUAUUUUCCAAUAUGCUGAAAUCCACCAAACUGCCCUUGCUAUAACACAGUGUAUUACAUGUGUUCUGUUGACAUUGAUGACUCUAUUGCAAAAGUACAGUAGUGAAUAUAAACAGAUCUAUGUUAAUUUUAAGGUCUGCAGAAACACAUGACAAAGGAAUCAAUUCUGAAGAGGAAAAGGACAGAUAUUGUAAUGUCAGAAAUUUUAUUUCUGACAUUUGAAGGUGAUACUCUUUGGGUUUACUUUUUCAAAUUAAGCUAAUGCAAACGUCCUGUCUUUCUUUGUUUCAAAUGCAUCACCUUCCAGUGUCCCUUUCCCUCAAGAAUGACAACUCCAUAGCCAAAAGGACUUGUAAGCAUUGUGUAUUCAACAAAGUAGAGAACUGGGACCCAAAGUGUGAUUGCUGCCUCUUUAGGCAGUUUAAGACAAAGAGUUUCUGCUGUCUAGAUCCAAGAAGUUUUAAGCUUUAAGUGUGAAAUCAGUACAUUACUAAUAGGAUGAUACGAAUUUGAUUUCACCUGCUUUCAGCCAAGAGAGAAUAUUACAAUCUAGUCUGCCUAAAAAUAAGUCCUAACACUUUCCUCAGUAACUUCCCCUUCAUGUCUGUGGCUUCCAUCUAAACUGUAUCAUCUUGCUCAGAAAUGAAAAUCCCAGUUCAAAAACUGCUGUUGAGGAAUCUUUCAAAUCAUGUAUUCCAGCAGCCUCUUAGUUUCACUUAGGAAAUGUGUGUUAUUUUUUCUUUAGUCUGAAUAAAAUGAUACUGUUAUCUGUAUUGUCAUAGUUCUCUUAAAUAUCUGGGUUUUGAAAAUUGGAUGUACUUGUUUGAGUGGGAUAAAAAAACUCUCCAGAGCUGUGUCUGUUUCUGUAUUGAAAUUCUGCUAUAUAUUUUGGGGAGUUGAUUUAACAUCCCACCAAGUCAGCGAUUCCCAAGUUGGUUUUGUGUCUUUUGUCAGUGGGGAUAGUUACACACAGUCUUGAUUCUGUUUUUCUUAGACUCUGCUUUCAGACUUUUUUAUGAUGCAUUCCUUAUAGUAAUUUUCAAGUAGUAAAUGUAAUUUCUAUAGAAAAUCAGAAUAUCGCAGUUUGACAUAAAGUUAUUUAACUUCCAGGAGAAGUUUUUUUAAAAUGUUGCAUUUUCACAUUGUUUGAAAUUUACACAAGCUUUUCUUUGUUAGGUUGGAUGUGUGAGAGCUGCUUGUCUGCUCAAGCUCCUUCAUGCGUUUCCAGGGCAUUUCCACACAAAUACGCUUAAUCAGCUUUUAGAGGGAGUCUGUUCCGUAACGGGAAUUCCCAAGUGAGCUGCAACUUUUAGAUGAAAAGGAGGAGAAGCUUUUAAAAGGUUAGGUGUUUGAAUUAGGAAGAGAGGAUCUUAGGGGGAAUACUUUGUGAAAAGUUUCUGUCCUUUUUCCAUGCUGGUUUACAUCUCUGGUUUAGACUGAACAUUGUAUUGGAAGGAGAUUCAAUCAGCUGUGUACUCUCUCCCAGUAUCUCCAGGCUUUUGGGCCUGUGAAGUCCUCAGUAGCUCUUUUUUCUUGUAUGUACACAGGGAGAUGUUGGAUGGAUGGCAGUAAAAAUGAGUGUCUGAAUCAUGAGUUGUGAAAGAAAGCACACAGCUUGCUUUCUCCAUUUCCCUUUGUGUUAAUUUAGAUAAUAAUUUGCGUGUUUUGAUUUUUUAAGUUUUAUUUUUCUUCUGGAGUACCUGGAAAACACAGCAGGGGUUAGUGUGUUAAGAACCGAAGGAGUAAGUAAGAAAAGUGGUCUCUUUAACAGUAUUGGACGUUUGUUCCUGUUAUUUAGAUACUGCAGUUUUGUUUUAGGAAGAUGAGAGUGCUGGUUCUUGAAUACAUUUGUAAAUUGAGACAUUCAUCCAGCUUCUUUUCACGCUAGGUGUCAGUGUUAACAUACCUGUUCUGUAAUCUCAGGUGUAGUCAUUCCAUUGUCCUUGUGGAUACACCUGUAUUUAGUUCUCAGUUACAACUUGUGGUCAAAAUGUCAAGACAGUGAUGGUAAAUAGUGAUUUGUAUGUUGACCCUUAAUGGUCUGUAAGUAUUUAUCUUGUGAAAAUCCUUAUCUUUUUACCCUCAAUUGCACCAAGUAAACCUAGAAGAACCAGCUUGGUCCUUGUUAAAAUGUCCGCUACAAUCUUUUCAAUAGCCAGAUUUCUAUUUCAUCCAAGUUUUGACUAAGAUAGCCUUGAAAACCUGAAAGAUAGUAGAUGGAUGGUAACUGCAUUAUUCAAAAUUAAAUCCACUGGGAUCAUCCUAGUUGGGCUUUCAUCCUCUGAAACUGUAAAUAAUUAGCUGACUAGAAGUAAUUCAUACGGUGUCUCAUAAGGUCAUCCGUUAAUGUGUUACUUGAGCUAUUGUGAGAUUAUGCAAAGGCAUGUGGCUAUUUGCCCUGUUUCUUUUGGUUUACAAAAGUUUUUUUUAAAUUGCCUGUGUUUCAUCUGAGGCUUUGUAAUGCUGACCAUAAUGUAAAUAUCCUGGUGGUUGAUAGUGAUCUCAGGUAUCAGGAGGAAGGGUCACUUCUCUACCUGCAGCUGUAACAGUAACCACAGCCCAUCUUCUUGGAUAAAAAGCCUCAGUGAAGAAAGCUGCACAUAUGCAGAAGUUGUGGCUGCUGUUGAUGUGAACACUCUUGCCAAUGAUGUUUAUAAGCAUAACUUUCCCAGCACACCAUUGUGGGCAAAGACUAUUGAGGGCAUAACACUGAAAGAAUUUGACAGAUUAUCUUUUGAUAUGAUUUUGAUGAGUCCUCCCUGUCAGCCAUUUACAAGAAUUGGCCUGCAAGGUGAUGUGUCCGAUCCACGGACAAAGAGCUUUCUUUAUAUCCUUGAUAUUCUCCCAAGGCUUCAAAAGCUUCCAAAAUACCUACUUUUAGAAAACGUUAAAGGAUUUGAAUCCUCUUCUGCCAGAAAUGAACUUUUGCAAACACUAGGAACAUGUGGAUUUAAAUAUCAGGAAUUUCUCUUGUCUCCAACCUGUCUUGGCAUUCCCAAUUCUAGGCUGCGGUAUUUUCUAAUUGCGAGGCUUCACCAAGAACCAUUUUCCUUUCAAGCUCCUGGUCAAAUAUUGACAAGAUUCCCAGAUCAGGAUCCAGAAGAUUUACUCAAUGAAGAGGUUGCUGACACAGUGGGUGAAACCAGUUCUUCUUCUUUGUCCUCUGAAAAGAAGAAUCUGCAUCCAAACAUUGAUCCAGAUUGUAGCAGCAAGGAGAGUUUACCAAAAAGGGCCUUUCUAUUUAAGCUUGAAACAGUAGAAGAAAUGCAAAGGAAACAUAAUCAGGAUAACGAUUCUUCUAUUCAAAUGCUGAAAGACUUCUUGGAAGAGGAAAAUGAAGAAAUGACUCAGUAUUUUUUAUCACCAAAGUCCUUGCUGCGCUAUGCUUUCUUGUUAGACAUUGUUAAACCCACCUGCCGAAGAUCUACGUGCUUUACAAAAGGGUAUGGACAUUAUGUAGAAGGGACUGGCUCAGUUCUGCAGACAGCAGUUGAUGUACAGCUUGAAUCAGUGUUUAAACACAUUGACGAGUUACCAGAAGAAGAGAAGCUUAUGAAAUUGUCAACACUAAAACUGAGGUACUUUUCCCCAAGAGAAAUAGCAAAUCUUCAUGGAUUCCCUUCAGAAUUUGGUUUUCCUGAAAAGGUAACAGUAAAGCAAUGCUAUCGUCUUCUGGGAAACAGCCUCAAUGUACACGUGGUGGCAAAAUUGAUCUCAUUUCUACUUGAAUGAUUUAGAACCUGAAACUGAUGCAUAUGGACUGGUGACAGAAAAUACUUUAAUCUUUUAGGAGAAAGCUGAUGGAACUUGGACGAAAAACAGAGCUUACCAAGAUAUCUGUCCAGACAUUAUGCUGAACAGUUUUGAUAUAUUUUUAGUAACUUGCAUUCACGAUGGAUUUAAACUGUAUAGGUGUUUUAUUUAAAUGUCAGUUUACAGGACUUAUUUGCUUUAUUUAAAUAUUCUUUUUAGUUUGCUGAAUGGAAAUAGCAGCAUAUGCAAAUGCUUCAAUGAGAAAGGAUAAGAUUAUUUUAUUUUUUUAUCUUAAAACCACUUUCUUAGUACUGUGUGAAACUGUGUCAAAACUAUUUUAAUUAGGUGCAGAGACCAAGUUCUAUGUGUAAAAUGUCUUCAUCUUUAAGUGUAAAUGAUCCAUUCUGAAAAGAUUUACUGUAUAUAUAUGAAAUUUUAAUGUGAUUUUUGUAGCUCAUGAAACUAUUAAAUUCAGUAUUUUAUAUACAA